AUGUCAUUGCUGAAGAUCAAGUUCUCCUUCCAAAGGAGGGUUCGUCUGGCCCAGGGUCUGUGGCUGCUCUCUUGGGCGGCCGUGUUCUCUGGAGCCACCACCUUUGGCCUGGGGGUGUUUCUCAAAACUGAACUACACCGUAGGGCAGAGGUAAUGCACACCAUGGAUAUCCAUAUGGUGCCCAACCUGCUGAUGGCAGUGGGCCUGGCAUCUGUGGGCAUUAACAUCUGUGCUGGCCGGAUCUGCCAGGACUCCAUGGAUGCCACCCGAUUCGCACGCUGGAAGAGUUACAUGAUCCCAUUUUUCUGCCUCGCCCUUUUCUUUACCACCCUCAUGCUGGUUGCCAUGAUACUGAGCUACGCUUUGCAGCCAAGUCUGGAAGAAUCUCUGAAGGUGGGACUGAAGAAUGGCAUUCGCUUUUACAAGGACACAGACACUCCAGGACGCUGUUUCCAGAAAGAGACAAUUGACCGUCUGCAGAUUGAAUUUAAGUGCUGUGGAAACACAAAUUUCAAAGACUGGUUUGAGGUGCAGUGGAUCAACAACCGAUACUUGGACUUCACAUCUCAAGAAGUGAAAGAUCGUGUGAGGAGUAAUGUGGAUGGCCGUUACCUAGUGGAUGGUGUUCCCUUUAGUUGCUGUAACCCGAGCUCUCCCAGACCCUGUAUCCAGUAUCAUCUGUUAGACAAUGCUGCACAUCACAAUUACGAGUACCAAACUGAGGAGCUCAACCUAUACAACCGAGGGUGCCGCGAGGCACUUGUCACCUACUACAUGGGCAUCAUGAACACCAUCGGGCCUGGUGUGAUGUCUGUCUUCCUGCUUCAGAUGACCGUUCUAGCUAGUCUGCGAUACCUCCAGACGUCCAUGGAGGCAGUGGAGGGCCAGGAGAAUGUGGAGGUGGACACAGAGGGCUACAUUUUGGAGAAAGGAGUGAAGGAGACUGUGAAAGAGCUGAAGGAGAAGCUGCUCAAACUUGUCCAGUUUGGUCAGGUGGAUGCAGCCGCUGAGGGCCAGGGGGCAGAGGAUGGGGCAUCCGCUGAGAAGGCAGCUACACCUGAAAGUAAAUGA